ACGAUGGGAAGAUUCUCUAAUGGCUUACGGGACACUCAGGGCGGAUACAAAAUUUGAACUACAGUUCCCAAGCCAUAGUACUUUUUUUUCCCUUGAGUUAGCACAUUAACCUCCCGCGCAUGCGCCCUUCAAGUUUCCGGGGACAAGGUCGGCGUACUUCCUGUAGCAGGCGACAGGCUCAUGGCUUUCCUCCUUCGAGCCGUGCCAAGGCUGCAGGGGCCCGCUGCAUGGAGGAGGCCUCUACAGCAACUGUGGUGCCGCGCUGGGCAGGGGGAUUCCAUAAGGUGGGUGGGGAGCAGGUCUCCCCCCUCACAGGAGAAGCCACCAGGCACAGAGACUGAAAAAUUCCACACAAUCUACCGCUUCAAUGCCAUCAGAGCACUUGGGUUCCUGUCUCGGCUGAAGUUGGCACAGACAGCUGUGACUGUGGUGGCCCUGCCCCCAGGCUUCUACUGCUAUUCACAAGGCCUCAUGACCCUCAGCUCACUGGGCCUUAUGAGUGGGAUUGCCAGCUUUGCCCUGGUCAUGCUGUGCUGGAUGAGCCACUUCUUCCGGAGACUGGUGGGCAUCCUCUAUGUGAAUGAGUCAGGUACCUUGCUUCGAGUGGCCCACCUGACCUUCUGGGGCUGGCGACAGGACACAUACUGUGCCGUGUCAGACAUGAUACCCCUGUCAGAAUCCGAGGAACGGGUCCAGGAUGUGUUCGUGCGUAUCCAGCAGUACAGUGGCAAGCAGACCUUCUACCUCACCCUACGCUAUGGCCGAAUCCUGGACAGGGAUCGUUUCUCACAAGUAUUCGGAACCCUGGCCACACUCAAGAACAGCAAGUAGGCCGUUGUAGCCCUGGUCAAGAACAUGGAUGAGACAAAAGCUAAUACCAGGGACUGGGCUGAUGCUCACUUUGUAGACUGCUUGCCUAGCAUGUAGGACUUCACGUCCUGGGUUCAGUCCCUAGUACUGCAUAGAACCAGCCAUGACUGUGCCUGCCUGCACUCAGUACUGGUGGCAUAGGCAGGUGGAGAAGUUCAAGGUUGCCUUGGGCCAAAAAGGAAGGCAUUAACCAGCGUUAGGAAAAAGCCCUUAGUGGAACAUUACACUGUAUAGGACAUCCUGUCAGAUAGUGACCAGAAGUCUCUAUAAAGAGGCAGUUCCUGGAGGAGGGCUAUGCCAAGAUCGCCGAGGCAGCCCGCUGCUGUGAAGCUGGAAGGCGGGAGGGUUGGCAGAGGAGCAUAGGAUCUGGAGCCUGGGGACUUGGGUUCUGCUGAGCCUUAGUUCCUUGACCUGGGACAGGGUAUUGAGUUUCUGAACCUUGAAUUGCAGUCUGAGAUAGAAGAGCCUUCCUCUCAUGAGGACGGAUAUGAAAAUAAUAAUGGCUGUGGCUGUGGCUUUGUGACAGAGCUCUUGCCUAGCAUGUGUAAAGUCCUAAGUUCCAUCCCAGCACCAUGAACAGGCAAAACCAGUGUGUAAGGUAAGCAGCCAGAAGUUACAACGUAGAGCAAGGCUUCCAGGCUGUCAUUGGGGUCCAGCACUGGUCCUCAGGCUCACCAGCUGAAUGGCCACAGCUAAAGCCCAGAGUGGACUUGUUUCUCCCAUCAGGAAGUCACUGUACACCAACUGAGGUAGGGGCAGCACCCCCUGAGACUACAUGAUCACCAGGAGAUCUGGGGUGCUCACACUCAGCUUUGCAGGGUCAUUGGGGCAGAGGGACUCUGUCCAGGCAAAAAUUCUUCAUCUGAGGGACACUGUGUGCUGCUUUUCACAAUGAAUAACAAGCACAUGCUUAUUAGGUGAUUGUACCCGCAUUAAAGGAAAGCAGCCUUGGUCUUUGUAAUUUGUCCAUCAGAAUGCUUUGUUUUGUAACUGUUUAAUAAUUUCCUUCCCUUAAGAAAUUUUCUUUUGGGGUGGAGAGAUGGCUCAGAGGUUGAGAACACUGAUUGCUCUUUCAGAGGUCCUGAGUUCAAUUCCCAGCAACCACAUGGUGGCUUACAACCAUCUGUAAUGAGAUCUGGUGUGCUCUUCUGACAUGCAGAUAUAUAUGCAGAACACUGUGUAUAUAAUAAAUCUUUAAAAAGAAUUUUUCUUUUAAUUAUUUGUGUGUGUAUACUGUGCACAUAGGAGAUUGGAGGACAGCCUUUUCCAAGUCAAUUUCCUUUUAUCAUUUGGGUCUCAGGGAUUAAAUUCAGGCUUGGCAGCAAAUAUCUUCACCCACUGAACCAUCUUGCUGGUCCUCUAUAAAAUAAGCAGAGCAUGAACACGGAUAACUAUUAAUAGAAGUGUGUGUGUUGGGUUGGGGAUUUAGCUCAGUGGGAGAGCGCUUGCCUAGAAAGCCCAAGGCCCUGGGUUCGAUCCCCAGCACUGAAAAAAAAAAAGGGAAAAAAAAAAAAAAAAAAAGAAGUGUAUGUGUUGAGGGGUCCACCACAAGGCCUCAACCAGGCAGGGGUAGUCUUCCUCAGACGAGGGCAUACCAGUUAGCUAUCCAGUAUGAAAUGGGUGGCCCUGAAAACAUGCAGGUACAGAGUGAGCGAGUUAUAUUUAGAAGCAUAUGCACAUACACACAACAAUAUUUAAGGAAAAAAGAGGCCAUGAAUUUGAAAGGGCAAAGGAGGAUAUAGGGAGUUUUGGAGGGAGGAAAGGGAAGGGGAAAUAUGCGUAAUUAUAUUGUAAUUUCAAAAAGACCCUUAAAAAUGUGCAUAUCAAAUCAUAACUGUUGUCAUUGUCCAGGGCAUAUAGCACAUCCUUGUGUUGCGUAGCCAUGGCCGCUGGCUAAUUCCAGCACUUCAUUAUCUCAGGUAGGAUGUAGGCACUUGGGCACCGCUGCCCCUGCCUCUGUCCUCUCCCCACCGCCACCUGUUUGCAGGCAGCAGCCAAUCUGUCUCUGAAUUUGUUAUUCUGACAUCUGUGGAGGGAAUCAUGGUUUGCUUCCCAGCGUUAACUUGGUGUUGUUCAGAGCUUAAUUCACGAGUCAGUGAAAGUGUUCGUGGAUUUGUUCAUGACUUGACUCUUGGGGUGCUCUUGAAUGUGAAUGUAUGUGUUUACCAACAGCAGGUCAGUGGACAUCAUGGGUUAUUUUCACCCCUCGCUAUGUGAAUAACACUGAUGUGAACGGUACAGAAGUGCUUGCUUGUGUCCCUGCUGUGGAUAGAGAAGGAAGUAAAGAAGCACAAAAAGGUGCUCGUAGGUCCUAGUAUCCUCCGAAGCCCUGCUUCAGUGACCUAACUUCAGUAGGUCCCACCUAGGAUUCUUUUUAGCUUUGUUUUUUCCUAAGGUACUUUUAAAAAAAGAAGAAGCAUGUAUUUUAUGUAUAUGAUUGCUUUUUCUACUUGUAGAGUCUGCACAUCAGGAGAGGGCAUCCGUUCACAAGUUGUGAGUCGCCACGAAUGCUAGGAAUUAAACUCAGGACCUGGGGAAAGCUAGCCCUGAACUCAGAAAUCCUGGAGCCUUUGCCCCUGAGUGUUGGGAUUAAAUAAAGGUAUGCACCACCACGCCAGGCUUA